AUGGAGGGAAGCGGGUUAGGCAGCGGCGGCGGUGGAAGAAUCAGCAGCAACGGUGUGGUGAUGAAGAAGGAAGGAUUAGGGUUUUCUACUGAGGGAUUCAGAUUAGAGAAUCCUUUCGCUUUCAAAGCUCUUCAGGUCUUCACGGGAUUCGGCGUGGGUUGUGGAGUUGGAAUCGGAAGUGGCGCUCCUUUAAAUCUCGGUAGUAUUCCGAUGGUGGGGGAAGUUAUGAGUGCAGCUAGAGGAGCAACCACUGCUUUUUCUGGGGCCACCCACCACGUCAAUGAUGCUUUGAGGAAGAUGGGAGCUCGGAACAUUAAAGCUGGUGUUGGAUGUGGAGUUGGCUUCGGUCAUGGUUUUGGAGUCGGCAUCGCAGUGAAACCAAGUGCCAUACACAAACUUCAAGCUUCUAUUAUGGGAACUGCGUCCAGCUUGAUGGCAAAACUCGGAAGAACGAGCGAGACCACCACAAGUCAAAACGAGAUAGAUGACCAGGCGACUCAAUCUCUGACGGAAGUCAAGAAACAUGUGGAAACAAAAGCAUCUUACAAGAACAGUGGUUCUUCUAAUGACCCAAGACCGUUUGGUACUCGAACUGAAAAAGUAAUCAACAGUUUCCUCGACAACCCGAUUCUAAAACAACAGGAGACAACAACUGCAGAAGAACGACAGGUCACACAAUUAGAAUCAGAGAGCUUAAUGCUUCAAAUGGUGCUGAAACAUCAAAAACUCGUGAACGAACUGAUGGAAGAGAAUGAAAAGCUUCGAAGGAUAAUCAUAGAAGAUCUCAAAGUUUCACCCGAAAAGCUCAAAUCAGUUUCAUCUUACGUGUACGAAUCACCAUGCAAAGAUUGCUUCGAAUGUCGUAGAAAACAGAGAAAAAGUAGAUGA